CCCCCAGCGGGCGGGGUUGGUGGAGGAGCGGCGGCGGCGGCGGCGGUGGCCCGGGACGGGACGGGACAGGACACCCUCUCCUCUCCUCUCCUCUCCUCGCCGCCACGAUGCGCUCGGCUCCCGGCACCGUCACCUUACUGCUAGCUUGCCUCGCCCUGGCCGCGUGUUCAAGCUACUCCCAGCUGCCUGGAGUCGAGCGCCAUGACAUCGUGAAGCCGCUUCUGGUCGACUCUUCCCCGAGGAUGGAGAAGCGGCCACAGUCACAGGUUGCCUAUCCAGCCAAGGUCAGCUACUCCAUGCAUCUACAAGGUCGAGAGGUCAUUCUUCAUCUGGAGAAAAAUGAGGGAUUGCUGGUCGGACACUAUUCAGAAACACAUUACCUGGAGAACGGGACAGAAGUGGUGGAUUUCCCUCGCCUGCAGGAUCAUUGUUACUACCAUGGGGUCAUCGAAGGCAUCGCUCGUUCCUCAGUCAGUGUCAGCACCUGCAAUGGAAUCAGGGGGAUUCUCGUGGCCGGGCCUGAUGUCUACCUGAUGGAGCCGCUGGCCGGUGCCGGAGUGGGGGAGCAGGCGGUGAACAUGGAACACGCAGUGUACAGAGAACACGCGGUGUACAGGCAACAGCACCUGAGGAUGAAACGUUCGACAUGCAACACACGCAACCUCACGCUUUAUGACAAUGGCCCCAAAGUAGCCGCGCUCUAUCAACCUCCAGCCACGAGAUCAAGGCAACCUGCCCAACUCACCAGAUAUGUGGAGCUGUUCCUGGUGGUGGACAAUGCUGAGUAUAAAAGGUUCAACCACGACAUGCUGACAAUCCGGCAGCGGAUGAUCGAAAUAGUGAAUCAUGUGGACAAGCUGUACAGGUCGCUCGACAUCAGAGUGGCUUUGGUGGGACUAGAGGUCUGGACCAACGCCGACAAGAUCACCAUCAGCUCCAGUCCUGACAACACUCUGGACAACUUCCUGAAAUGGCGGGGCACGGAACUUCUCUCCAGGAAGAAGCACGAUAAUGCUCAGUUGGUCACUGGCACAAGUUUUGAAGGAACGACUGUGGGAUUGGCGACCAAAGCAGCCAUGUGUACCUUCCAGUCUGGUGGAGUGAAUGAGGAUCACAACAGGAACCCAGUUGGGUUGGCGUCUACCAUUGCCCAUGAGAUGGGCCACAACCUGGGCAUGUCACAUGAUGAGGACCAUCACACCCACUGUGACUGCGAGGUGCCCAGGAGCAGUGGCGGCUGCAUCAUGGCCAAGAAAACGGGGGUGAGAGAGGGGCGGGGGAUUGUGUUUCCGAAAGCCUUCAGCAGCUGCAGCCAGGCAGAGCUGCAGGCCUUCCUAUUGUCAGAGCAGACGCGCUGCCUGUGGAACAGACCCAGUGCAGACCAGCUGUACGGCAGCCCCCAGUGUGGCAACAUGUUUGUGGAGCGUGGGGAGGAGUGUGACUGUGGCACAGCCCAGGAAUGCACCAAUCCUUGCUGCAACACCACUACAUGCAAACUGAAGGAGGGCGCAGCGUGUUGGGAUGGGGAAUGCUGCCGCAACUGCCAGUUCCGUGCAGCGGGUGACACGUGCAGACCUGCUCACCAUGACUGCGACCUCACUGACUACUGCGAUGGGCAGAGCAGCCAAUGCCCAGACGAUGCCUUCGCCAUGAACGGCUCUCCCUGCAGCGGUGGCCAGAGCUACUGCUACAACGGCCAAUGCCCCACACAUCAGCAGCAGUGCAUCGCCCUGUGGGGACCAGAUGCAGCAGUGGCUCCAAACCUCUGCUUCCAGCAGAAUGUGAUAGGAAACAAGUACCUUUAUUGCAGAGCAACCAGCUAUGGUCCUGAAGCCUGUCGGCCAAAAGACAUAAAAUGUGGUAAAAUGCACUGUGUUGGAGGAAACAAGUUUCCCAUAACUCAAGCGAAGUAUGAAGUGGAACUGAACCACAACCUUGUGUGUAAGGUGGCAACGCUGAAUGACCAGAGCACUGGUGUGGCCGACCCUGGGCACGUGGCCACUGGCACCAAAUGUGGAGAUGAGAUGGUCUGUUACGAUGGUCGGUGCCAGAGUUUCCUGCUGUACGGAUCACGGAAUUGUUCCAGGAAAUGCAACAGCCAUGGGGUUUGCAACCACCAGGGAUUCUGUCACUGUGACCCAGGCUGGGCAAAGCCAGACUGUGCCAUGCGGAAGGAUGGCCUACCAGUGAGUGAUGGAGUGACUAUCAUUGUCGUCUGGGUGCUGGUGCCUUUCUUCCUUCUACUCAUUCUCAUUAGUGGCGGACUUCUAUAUUACAAAGGAUGCUUAAUGAAGAAAUAUAUUAAAAAAAUACCAAUAAAGUCCAGUUCGUGCGGUUUGACAAACCCGAUGUUUGUGGAUGGAAAGGGCAGGAACGGCUCCAAGGCCGUGCUCCCAAACAGCCGUAGAACGCCCGUCAGACAUGCACUGCUGGCUGCGUCCAGAGAAGACAAGCCUCUACAGAUCAUGGUCAUGCCCUGCCGUCCAGCUCCUCCGCCUCCAAAACCAGUGGUGAACAAGACCCUUUCCCCACACACUGCAGCAAAGUCAUUGCAGCAUCGAAUGGUGAAACCAAGUGCCCCGCCUCCAAUCCCACCAUCUAAACCACCUCUGCAGCUACAUGCAUCGGCUCGGCCACCACCACCUCCAUCUAAACCACUGCCAGAACUCAAGGCUAAGCCAGUAGUGAAGCUGAAGACCUUGCCUGCACUUCCCCCCACCGCACCCUGCAGACCAACAGCGGUUGGUUUCAAGCCAAAAGUUGCCUUAAAGCCACCAAACCAGCACAGAUGAAGAGGAACGGUGUGGCAACAUCACUGCACUACAGAGGCACAGAUGUGGAGCCAUUACAUCAGGAGGAAGAUAAAAAUAUAUUUUGGUUUCUUGUCAUAUUAAUUCAUACAGUGAUGAGUGAGAACUCAAAAUCCUCAAUACAAAACUACUCUGUAGAGUUUAAAAUACCAGAGGACACAAUAUCUGCACGGAUGCUGCUGUACUCACACUAUGGUACUUACUAAAGAUAUCAUGCCUGUGUUUUUUUUAACUGAGAUAAAUUAAAGUGUUUCUGCUGCAAACAAUGGGAUGCAGUUUGUGAAUUGGCCCUUCUGCUUAGACAGAUUACUUUGGGGGGGGGGGGGGGAAAACAAAAUGACAAUGAUAAAUUGAAUUAAAUAUAUUAAUUGUACUUCUUGAUUUAAUCUUGUAGAAAGUUCUAAGCUUGGGUGUCAAUGAGGAAGCACAUUCCCCAGAGAUUUUGUUCUUGAGCAAUGUUGCAUUCAGUUGCAUCAGUUGGAAUUACUCCAACCCAAGGGACCUCUCUACACCCCAGUAACCAAGGUUGGUGUUGGAUGACAGAGUGAAAGGAAGGGCUGUUCAUGCACUGAAGCCUAGCUUCUAUCUGAUAGUUCAGUCAGUUUGGCAAUAACUGUAGCUGCUGCUCGCUCGACUGCUACUUAGAUGCUAGGACAUGAGUUCAAGGGGAAGAUAAAUGUAAUUAAAAGCUAGUAUUACGGACCAACUGCUGGGUAUCACCGUUCAUUAGUCAUAGGAGCAGAAUUAGGCCAUUCGGCCCAUCGAGUCUACUCCGUCAUAAGAAUGGACUCGCUGAUGUUCCUUGAUGCAGGAAAUCUCGACCCGAAACGUCACCCAUUCCUUCUCUCCAAAGAUGCUGCCUGUCCCGCUGAAUUACUCCAGCAUUUUGUGUCUAUCUUCAAUGCUAUGUCCCUUGUUGAAAUUGCCCCAUUACAUUUAUAAAUAUUAAAAUGAUGUUUGGACAACUAUUCCAUGUACAAAUAUGACGUUCUGCUCACCUUGGUUUGAUGAAAAAAUUACCAAAGGUUCAAAUGUAUUUUAUUGUCGGGUUCAGUGAAGGUCAAUUUAUCAAUGAGUGGUGAGUAAACACAGAGCAAAUGCAGCCAGGAAUUCCAUCUUUUCACUCAGCAACUUUAUUCAAAUCAGUCAGGACAAAUGCUUUAAAUAUGAAAGGUUUGAUGGGAAUAUGUUGUAAUGGUAAUUUAACCCAUGUUAACUGUCAGAACAUCCUCUGUAACAAACAAGUAUUUUACCUGCUUCAGUUCCCAUGUUUGUUUUUGGAAGAGGAAUAGUUCAAAUCCAAAUUGCUGUUUGUUGCAGUUCUGCCUCAGGUCUGCAUUCAUAAUCAAGCACACAGACCAAGUGCAAUAAUCAACAUAAUAUCAGGAGUAUUCACCUUGGUAGCUGCUGCAAAUACCAUGAAUUGAAGUUGUACUUGAAUCUAAUUAUUAAUUUAAAUACAGUUUAUAGAGAAAAAUGACGUUGAACCACUGUUGUUUGUGGGGCUAGCUAAUGGCGUAUGUGGAAACCUUUUUUAUGAUAUUUAUUCCUUUUAAAAGGUAUGGGUAGGACAAGCUUCAAAUAAUUCAAGCUUUAUUUGAAUCGCCUCAGAUAUUUUUUAUAAUUCUAAUUUGCAAGUGAAUAUCUAUCUAAUUUUAUUGGCAAUAUUUAUGCAAGAUUCCUGUUGCAAUGAAAUGUAAUUUUUAACUCUCCCACGAUUUUAAUCAAUGCAAGAAUAUGCCCCAUUUCCAGAUUAACCUGAUUCUAUCGUUUGGUGAAUCGCAACAUGUUUAAUUGAUCUUUGGUAUUUGAAUUGAACUCCAUUGUGCCUAUUUCACGGAUAUUUCCGUAAAUUGUAUGCACUUUUUCAGCUGGCCUGAACAAUUGUUUCAGUGUGAAAUGGGUUAUUUAUUUUCUUCUAGCAAAUAAAUCUGUAUUUUAAUGCAAUAA